AAGGGCCAGUGUAGCAAUCGAAGAAACGCAGCUAAAGUAAGAAAGAUAGCAGUGUUAGUUCAAUGCACCUGGUCAUCUUGUAAAAUGCUUAUACCCAUGGGCUUCCGAACUACAUCUAGUGUUUUACAUCACAAAUUACCCCGUCUUUCUCACUUUAACAAAAACUUAUUAACCGGCGGCCGCGGCGGCGGCUACCCUUCUUUUGUCGCUACAAUUUCAACCCAGAAGGAGGCGGCUAUGGCCACUCAUCAGCCUUCCCAGAACACCCUUCAGCCCGUACAGGUUGCCAAGCGUUUGGAGAAAUUUAAAACAACGAUAUUCACCCAAAUGAGUAUGCUAGCUGUCAAACAUGGAGCAAUUAAUCUUGGACAAGGCUUUCCCAAUUUUGAUGGCCCGGAAUUUGUUAAAGAAGCAGCAAUUCAGGCCAUCAAGGAUGGAAAUAACCAAUAUGCCCGUGGGUAUGGAGUCCCUGAUCUCAACUCAGCUGUGGCUGAACGGUUCAAGAAUGAUACUGGACUGGUGGUGGACCCAGAAAAGGAAGUUACCGUGACUUCUGGAUGCACUGAAGCAAUUGCUGCAACUAUCCUAGGCUUGAUAAAUCCAGACGACGAGGUGAUACUCUUUGCUCCUUUCUAUGAUUCUUACGAGGCCACACUAUCUAUGGCCGGUGCCAAAAUAAAGUGCAUUACCUUAAGACCUCCCGAUUUUUCAAUCCCAAUUGAUGAGCUCAAGUCUGCAAUCUCAAAGAAUACGCGGGCGAUCCUUAUGAAUACGCCUCAUAACCCUACAGGAAAGAUGUUCACUAGGGAUGAGCUCAAUACGAUUGCAUCCCUCUGUAUUGAAAACGAUGUUUUAGUUUUCAGUGAUGAAGUUUAUGACAAGUUAGCAUUUGAAAUGGAUCACAUUUCAAUAGCUUCUCUCCCAGGAAUGUAUGAGAGGACUGUGACACUCAACUCCUUGGGGAAGACCUUCUCUCUUACUGGCUGGAAGAUUGGAUGGGCUAUAGCUCCACCUCACCUGACAUGGGGAGUGAGACAAGCACAUUCGUAUCUCACAUUUGCUACUUCUACGCCAAUGCAACAUGCAGCUGCAGUAGCUCUUCAAACCUCAGAUGCCUACUAUGCAGAGCUGAAGAGAGAUUACCUUGCAAAGAAGAAAAUUUUGGAGGAUGGAUUGAAAGCUGUUGGAUUUACUGUAUACCCAUCAAGUGGGACAUACUUUAUAAUCGUAGAUCACACCCCUUUUGGUCUGGAAGAUGAUAUAUCGUUUUGCGAAUAUCUGAUUAAAGAGGUCGGCGUGGUGGCUAUUCCAACAAGCGUGUUUUACUUGAACAAGGAAGAUGGUAAAAAUCUUGUAAGAUUUACGUUCUGCAAGGAUGAGGGAACUCUCAGAAGUGCAGUUGAGAGAAUGAAACAGAAGUUGUCGAGAAAGUAAUCUUCAGGACCCUUUUUCCAUGGAAAUUAGUUGUGAUAGCUUUUAAAUUUUAAGCUUAAAAAUAUUAAAUCACUAGCAUAAAAGGGAGAAUAUGAUUCCAAAUAAAAUUACCUGGAAUCUGCAUUGCUGCAGACUAAUGUCGGUGUUCUGUCAUAUUUUACUUUCCUUGAUUUAGGUCUAAAAUCCGUUUGAAUGUUUGAAAUUAUUGUUUUUUAGACCUCAACUAGCUUAGCCGGUCAAAGUUUUAUCAUUCUAUAACUUUUUAUUUGAGAAAAGCUACAAUUUGCACAUUUUGACUUC